AGGGAGACCCAGAAAAGCGGAAGAGUUUAGAAGCACACUGGGUAGGUUUGAAUUUAUUGUUUUCAAAAUCUAAACAAAUGAUCUUUCAGCAUCAUCACCUCCACUGCUUUACCAGGUAUUUUUUACCCUUUCUAUUUUUUGCCCUUUGUUGGGUCUGACUGGAAACAGUGCCACUUCCUUCUCAGCUAGAAUAUUUUUAGCCGGAACUGUUGUCGGUUCUUGAGACGAUACUACCACUGAAUGUCUCUGUUUCAUUGUCUAGUCUAACCUGUAUGUGUAGAUAUCCACGAGGUUCCGGCAAUAGUUUUGCAGGCGAUCGCUUCGUAACCUCAAACAUGAAGGAAAGCACAAAAUGCAACCGGCAAGUGGCUUCCCUGUGACGGAGUCCUCUGUUUCUCUGCUCCCAGGUCGCGCAGGGCAUGGAGCUGGAGAACAAUGAACAGCCCGUAGUCCUGAGAGAGGACAACCGCCGCAGGCGUCGGAGAAUGAAGCCUCGCGGAUCAGCGGCCAGUCUGUCCUCCAUGGAGCUCAUCCCCAUCGAGUUCGUGCUGCCCACCAGCCAGCGCACCAGCAAGACCCCAGAAACGGCGCUGCUGCACGUGGCCGGCCAUGGGAACGUGGAGCAGAUGAAGGCGCAGGUGUGGCUUCGAGCGCUGGAGACGAGCGUGGCGGCCGACUUCUACCAGCGGCUCAGCCCAGACCAUUUCCUGCUGCUCUACCAGAAGAAGGGGCAGUGGUACGAGAUCUACGACAAGUACCAGGUGGUGCAAACACUGGACUGCCUGCGCUACUGGAAGGUGCUGCAUAGGAGCCCAGGCCAGAUCCACAUGGUGCAGAGACGCUCUCCCUCCGAGGAGACAUUGGCCUUCCAGCGGCAGCUCACAGCGCUCAUGGGCUAUGACGUCACCGACGUCAGCAACGUGCACGAUGAUGAGCUGGAGUUCACACGCCGCCGCCUAGUCACCCCACGCAUGACCGAGGUGGCUGGCCGCGACCCCAAGCUCUAUGCUAUGCACCCCUGGGUGACAUCCAAGCCCCUCCCAGAAUACCUGUUGAAGAAGAUUACCAACAACUGCAUCUUCAUCAUCAUUCAUCGCAGCACCACCAGCCAGACCAUCAAGGUUUUGGCCGAUGACACCCCAGGCACCAUCCUCCAGAGCUUCUUCACCAAGAUGGCCAAGAAGAAGUCUCUGAUGGAUAUUCCCGAAAGCCAAAAUGAACAGGACUUUGUGCUGCGUGUCUGUGGCCGCGAUGAGUACCUGGUGGGUGAAACGCCCAUCAAAAACUUCCAGUGGGUGAGGCAUUGCCUCAAGAAUGGGGAAGAGAUUCACCUAGUGCUUGACACUCCUCCAGACCCAGCCCAGGAUGAGGUGAGGAAAGAAGAGUGGCCACUAGUGGAUGACUGCACAGGAGUCACCGGCUAUCAUGAGCAGCUGACCAUCCAUGGGAAGGACCAUGAGAGUAUAUUCACCGUGUCCUUGUGGGACUGUGACCGGAAGUUCAGGGUCAAAAUCAGAGGCAUUGAUAUCCCUGUCCUGCCCCGGAACGCUGACCUCACGGUGUUUGUGGAGGCAAACAUCCAGCAUGGGCAGCAAGUCCUUUGCCAAAGGAGAACUAGCCCCAAACCCUUCACAGAGGAGGUGCUCUGGAAUGUGUGGCUUGAGUUCAGUAUCAAAAUCAAAGACUUACCCAAAGGGGCUCUACUGAACCUCCAGAUCUACUGCGGCAAAGCUCCAGCACUAUCUGGUAAGGCCUGUGCAGAGACUCCCAGUUCUGAAUCCAAAGGCAAAGUUCAGCUUCUCUAUUAUGUGAACUUGCUGCUAAUAGAUCACCGGUUCCUUCUGCGCCACGGGGAAUACGUGCUCCAUAUGUGGCAAAUAUCUGGGAAGGGAGAAGACCAAGGGAGCUUCAAUGCUGACAAGCUCACGUCUGCAACCAACCCAGACAAGGAGAAUUCAAUGUCUAUCUGCAUUCUUCUGGACAAUUACUGUCACCCAAUAGCCUUACCUAAGCAUCAUCCCACCCCUGACCCCGAAGGGGAUCGGGUUCGAGCAGAAAUGCCCAACCAGCUUCGGAAACAACUGGAGGCAAUCAUAGCCACCGAUCCACUUAACCCUCUUACAGCAGAAGACAAAGAAUUGCUCUGGCAUUUCAGAUAUGAAAGCCUUAAGCAUCCAAAAGCAUAUCCUAAGCUAUUUAGCUCAGUGAAAUGGGGACAGCAAAAAAUUGUGGCCAAAACAUACCAAUUGUUAGCCAGAAAGGAGGCCUGGGAUCAAAGUGCUUUGGAUGUUGGGCUAACAAUGCAACUCCUGGACUGCAACUUUUCAGAUGAAAACGUAAGAGCUAUUGCAGUUCAGAAACUGGAGAGCUUGGAGGAUGAUGAUGUUCUGCAUUACCUGCUACAGCUGGUCCAGGCUGUGAAAUUUGAACCUUACCAUGACAGUGCCCUGGCCAGAUUUCUGCUGAAGCGUGGUUUAAGAAACAAAAGAAUUGGUCACUUCUUGUUUUGGUUCUUGAGAAGUGAGAUAGCCCAGUCCAGGCACUAUCAGCAGAGGUUCGCUGUGAUCCUGGAAGCCUACCUGAGGGGCUGUGGCACCGCCAUGCUGCACGACUUUACUCAACAAGUCCAAGUAAUUGAGAUGUUACAGAAAGUUACCAUUGAUAUUAAAUCUCUCUCUGCUGAAAAAUAUGACGUCAGUUCCCAAGUUAUUUCCCAACUUAAGCAAAAGCUUGAAAACCUACAGAAUUCAAGUCUCCCCAAGAGUUUUCGAGUUCCAUAUGACCCUGGACUGAAAGCAGGAGCACUGGUGGUUGAAAAAUGUAAAGUGAUGGCCUCAAAAAAAAAACCCCUGUGGCUUGAGUUUAAAUGUGCUGACCCUACAGCUCUAUCAAAUGAAACAAUUGGCAUUAUCUUUAAACAUGGUGACGAUCUGCGCCAAGACAUGCUUAUUUUACAGAUUCUACGCAUCAUGGAGUCCAUUUGGGAGACUGAAUCUUUGGAUCUGUGCCUCCUGCCAUAUGGUUGCAUUUCAACUGGUGACAAAAUAGGAAUGAUCGAGAUUGUAAAAGAUGCCACAACAAUUGCCAAAAUUCAGCAAAGCACAGUGGGCAACACAGGCGCCUUUAAAGAUGAAGUCCUAAAUCACUGGCUCAAAGAAAAAUGCCCUAUUGAAGAAAAGUUUCAGGCAGCGGUGGAGAGGUUUGUUUAUUCCUGUGCUGGCUACUGUGUGGCAACCUUUGUUCUUGGAAUAGGGGACCGGCACAAUGACAACAUUAUGAUUACAGAGACAGGAAAUCUAUUUCAUAUUGACUUUGGUCAUAUUCUUGGGAAUUACAAAAGUUUCCUGGGCAUUAAUAAAGAGAGAGUGCCAUUUGUGCUAACCCCAGACUUCCUGUUUGUGAUGGGAACUUCCGGAAAGAAGACAAGCCUACACUUCCAGAAAUUUCAGGAAGUCUGUGCUAAGGCUUAUCUAGCCCUUCGUCACCACACGAACCUACUGAUCAUCUUGUUCUCCAUGAUGCUGAUGACGGGAAUGCCCCAGUUAACAAGCAAAGAAGAUAUUGAAUAUAUUCGGGAUGCCCUAACAGUGGGGAAAAAUGAGGAGGAUGCUAAAAAGUAUUUUCUUGAUCAGAUUGAAGUUUGCAGAGAUAAAGGAUGGACUGUGCAGUUUAACUGGUUCCUGCAUCUUGUUCUUGGCAUUAAACAAGGAGAGAAACAUUCAGCCUAAUGCCUUGGGCUAAAGUUAAAACAGAGCUGUGCCAAGUACCGCAACAGGCGACCACGACGAUGAUGAUGAUGAUGAUGACGACGACAAGGAUGACAAUGAUGGCAACAAGAAGAGAAAGGGAGCUCCCACUGAACUAUGUUUCAUAAAGUAUCAAUCCCACUUUCCCAUCUCAUUCUCUCUCUCCUACCUUUUAUUUUAUUCAAAUAUGCAAGUUCAAACCAAAUGGAAACUGCAAGAAAUAUUUAAAGGAAUCCAGUCCAAGGCCCAGAGCUGCCACUCUCUUCUAACAGCUAUCACAGCCCUUCACUAAAACUAAUAGUUGAAAAUAGUUCAGUACCACCAAAAUCUAUAUGAAAAUCACUGUGAAAAGUGUGAAAGCAUUUCAAAGUGAGAUCAGAUCCAGUUUAUUCAACAGAACUUUACUCAGUGUCUAUUGUGUGCCCUCAGCCCAGCUCAGUGAUCCUGGGGAACAAAAACAAGCACCAUCUAGUGGAGGAACAAGCACAUUCACACUUAACUAUCUUAGAGGAAAACUGUGAUGGAGCAUGAUCCACUGAUGCCUGUUCUAGGCUUGGGAGUAGGGGCAAGGUUGUAAAGAUGACCUCUUGACUAGAUAGAGAAGACAGGUUGUGAUGUGCUGAAAUAGAGGUAUAAAUAAAGAGUCAAGACCGUACAAAGGUGGCAAAAGUUAAUUCUAAGAAACCAGAGAAGACUUCAUAAUGAAAGUAACAUUUGAGUGUGGUGUUAAGGAAUAAGAGCAUUCCAGAUGGAGUGAGGGCAGGAGUGAAAUAGAUAAAGGCAAUGAGGUGUAAAACUGCAAAAUGAGGAAAAACUGCAAAGUGAGGCUAGACAAGUGGAGCACCAUAACAGACAUGUCAGCUGCAUGGCAAAAGAGUGGAAGCAAAGACUAAAAUGGGCAAGAUCAUAAAAGGUCUUGAAGCUGAGCAGAGGAGGUUGGAUUUAUUCUGCAUGUAAUAGAAAGGCAUGAAUACUUUUUAAGGGUUUCAGAAUAAAAAAUGGUGGCAGAGUGAA